GCAAUGCCAGGCUUGCAAAAACUGUCUGAUGCUGAAUGUUUCUACAUCAUAUUAAACAGCCAUUGCCAAGGGGUGGAAGUUGCAUACCUACCAGCUGCUUCCAUUUUCAUAUCUGGUCAAGGGUAAAUAGGCACUGAGGAGUGGCAUUCCCAGUAGCUGCAUGACAGGUGAUGGAGGGAGAUGUCUGAACCAAAUAUUGGCUUACCUGAUCAAGUAGUUGGCAACCCUGCCUAUGGCAGGGGGGUUGGAGUUCUAGGAUUUUUAAAGUCCUUUCCAAUCUAAGCCAUUCAAUGACUGCCUCCCUCCCCCCUGUGUUUCCUGCCCCUAUCACAAGGGCUGCCUGUUGGAGAUUGGGACUGAAUAAUAUCACUUCUGUAUUUUUCAGUGUUUCCGUGCCAAAUGUCUCCACCGUUUGUUUGGAUACCCAAUAUCCUGGGUGUUUCUUGACAUGCAUCCAUCUGUGGCCCAAUGUGCCAUCCUUGGGGCUGCUUUGCCUGCUUGCCAUGCUCUUCCCUGGUCUUACUCACCUCACGCAGCAGAAAACUGUCCCUUCUUCUGGAUGAACUAAUAGAUUGACUUUGUGGAGUCCUGUAGAGUUUUUCCUGGCUUUUGGAUCUAGGGAAAAGUGAGUAGCAGGAAAACAGUCAGAGAAGUAAAGAAACCAGCAGAAAGUAAACAUGAUUUAUGGCAACAACAGAACUAUUAUCAGAUGAGUUUGUGCAGUCAUCUGUGGAAUCUGUCUAAAUAAUAACGGAGUGUUUUAGCACUGAGCGUGGUGUCAUUUUAAAUAAUUGAAAAUGCCAUGCUUUAAUGCACUAAUGUAAAACAGAUUUUAUCAUUUCUUAAUAUGUUAAUGUUUUCCUGUCUUUCAGGCUGAAGGUGGCCCUUUGUAAGGGUUAAUCAUCCGUCAAAUAUUUAAUAAUUGUUUGUUCAGAAAAUUUCCUGCAUUGUUCAUGGAGUUUUUCAUCAGUAUGUCUGAAACCAUUAAAUAUAAUGAUGACGAUCACAAAACUGUGUUCUUGAAAACAUUAAAUGAACAACGUUUGGAAGGAGAAUUUUGUGACAUAGCUAUCGUGGUUGAAGAUGUUAAAUUCCGAGCACAUAGGUGUGUGCUUGCUGCCUGCAGUACCUACUUCAAAAAGCUUUUCAAAAAACUAGAGGUUGAUAGUUCCUCAGUAAUCGAAAUAGAUUUUCUUCGUUCUGAUAUUUUUGAGGAAGUUCUUAAUUACAUGUACACCGCAAAGAUUUCUGUUAAGAAGGAAGAUGUAAAUUUGAUGAUGUCUUCAGGCCAGAUUCUUGGUAUUCGUUUUCUGGAUAAACUCUGCUCUCAAAAACGUGAUGUAUCGAGUCCUGAAGAGAACACACAGUCCAAGAGCAAGUACUGUCUGAAAAUAAACCGUCCUAUUGGGGAACCUAAUGAUACCCAGGAUGAUGAGGUAGAAGAGAUUGGAGAUCACGAUGACAGUCCAUCAGAUGUGACAGUGGAAGGAACUCCCCCCAGUCAGGAAGAUGGGAAAUCACCAACCACUACCCUGAGAGUUCAGGAGGCGAUUCUGAAGGAGUUGGGAAGUGAAGAGGUUCGAAAGGUAAACUGCUAUGGCCAAGAAGUGGAGCCUAUGGAAACAACGGAGUCAAAAGACUUAGGAUCUCAAACCCCCCAGGCUUUGACAUUUAAUGAUGGCAUAAGUGAAGUGAAAGAUGAACAGACGCCAGGCUGGACGACAGCAGCUGGGGAUAUGAAGUUUGAAUAUCUGCUUUAUGGUCAUAGGGAACACAUUGUAUGUCAGGCUUGUGGUAAGACCUUUUCUGAUGAGGCACGACUGAGAAAACAUGAAAAGCUACACACUGCUGAUAGACCAUUUGUUUGUGAAAUGUGUACAAAGGGCUUUACCACACAAGCUCAUUUGAAAGAGCAUCUGAAAAUACACACAGGUUACAAGCCUUACAGUUGCGAGGUAUGUGGAAAGUCUUUUAUUCGUGCACCGGACUUAAAAAAGCAUGAAAGAGUUCACAGUAAUGAGAGGCCAUUUGCAUGCCACAUGUGCGAUAAAGCUUUCAAGCACAAGUCCCACCUCAAAGACCAUGAAAGAAGACACCGGGGAGAGAAACCUUUUGUCUGCAGUUCCUGCACUAAAGCAUUUGCUAAAGCAUCAGAUCUAAAGAGGCAUGAGAACAAUAUGCACAGCGAAAGAAAACAAGUUACUACAGCCAAUUCCAUCCAGAGUGAAACAGAACAGUUACAGGCAGCAGCUAUGGCUGCUGAAGCAGAGCAGCAAUUAGAAACUAUAGCUUGUAGUUAAAAAAACAAAAAAC